AGACUCCAUACGCAGCGAGAGGUAAAAGAAGUUGCUGAAGAUAAGGGAGUCUGGGGGCAAAUAUGAUGUACACGUCUUCGUUAUAGGAAACCGAAGGUGGUCUAAAAGGGGGGAAAAAAUCCGUUGAAAUCUGAAUGGAAAAGACUGGACUGAGCUGGAUCCGCUGAGUCUCCGGGUGGGCUCACACAAACGCAGUCCAGCCAGAGGAGCUUCGUCUUCGUCGUAGUGGCAUUUUAAAGAGAAGUACAUGCGUUGCUCUGACAAAACAGCUGUUUUUACCAGCUAGCCAGUCUAGAAACGCUGCUUUAGGUCGCUAACUAUGUUAUAACUGUAAAUUACCCAGGACUGAGAAGUGUACUGUGAUGUAUAUGAGCUGUUUGUUUUGCUAGACCAGCUGCGACUUCGGCGUUGUGAACAUCACGAGCGUCUUAUAACCAGACCCACUUAUCAAAAACUAUUGCGCUUUUCAGCACCGUUAAAACCAUGUAUAUACUUACCGUAACCUACAUGUUAGUAGAGUUAUGACCAGCGGCGUAAACUGUACUUUACAUUUAACGGUAGGUAGCAUAGCAAGCUAACAACUUGCCUUGAAUUAGCUAAAUGCUAGCUAGCUAACCUAACUAACAUACAAGCUGCUUAAAUAACGUUAGGAUGUCCAGCCAUGACUUUCUAACUGAUGUUAGGUAGCUAACAAAUUAAUUAUGACAUGACACGUUCAAAAAUGUAUUAGUACAGUAUCCACUGCAAUAUAUCCCCCAGCUGUCGAGGUCUUGAGGAGGAUGGGAACACAAGAGGAGGGAAAAUCCAUUAGCUAGCUGCUCUUUCCGAUAAGUGAAGCAUCCGCGUAUCGAUUCAGUGCUUACCGUUAUUAGUGAUCCUACAGGGCUUGUACUAUUUUGGGGGAAAGAACUGACACCUACUUUGCACCUUAAGUUGUAAAAUACCCCGUUGGGUUGUACCAGCAUGGCUAGUGCCGGGGUGAGUGCGCUGUCCAGAGCCGGUGACAGGGCAGCACCGGGUCCGCUUCUGUCCGCUUUGGCCCCCUCCAACUCCUCACCUUCGGACACUGACAAGGGUUGCGCCAACGGCGACCUGAUGGACUCCUUCGGCAUCUUCUUGCAAGGCCUUCUCGGAGUGGUGGCCUUUAGCACACUUAUGUUGAAACGCUUCAGAGAACCCAAGCAUGAAAGAAGGCCCUGGAGAAUCUGGUUUCUGGACACCUCCAAACAGGCCAUUGGGAUGCUGUUCAUUCACUUUGCCAAUGUCUACCUGUCUGACCUCACAGAGGAGGACCCAUGUUCACUAUACCUCAUAAACUUCCUGUUGGAUGCUACGUUGGGUAUGUUGGUGAUCUAUGGUGGCAUCAGGGCUGUUAGCGCUGUGGUCGAAUGGAGGCAGUGGGAGUCGCUACGCUUUGGAGAGUAUGGGGAGCCGGUGCAGUGCACUGCCUGGGCAGGUCAGUGUGCACUCUAUAUCCUAAUUAUGAUGUUUGAGAAGGUGGUCAUCAUCCUGGUGCUGCUCAUCCCGCAGUGGAAGAAGCUGGCUAUGCUGAACCCUAUUACAAACCCACAUCUGGAGCUUGCUAUCGUCAUGCUAAUUGUUCCGUUCUUCGUUAAUGCUCUGAUGUUCUGGGUAGUAGAUAAUUUCCUGAUGAAGAAGGGCAGGACAAAAGCUAAACUGGAGGAGAGAGAGGUUGGAGACGACUCACGUGGAAGCAGCAAAGUACGUUACAGACGAGCACUGUCCCAUGAUGAUUCGGAGUCAGAGAUUCUGUUCUCGGCAGAUGAUGAAAUGGAGGAUUCAGACGGUGAUGAGGAUGUACGUAGGCUCACUGGUCUCAAACCUGUGAAGAAGAAGAAGCACCGGCUAGGUAUCCCUGUCUGAUGUCAGAUCAAACACUAGAUUCUCCUUCAUUCAUGUCACUUACUCACCCUACUGCCUUCUGCUGGCUGAAUUUGGAGGACAAAAUUGAGCCAGGCAAUUCAACUUGUGUGCUAGGAUGAGCAUGUAGGAGGAAUAUUGUCACACCUGAGCACAGAACUGCAGGUAGGAACUGAUAUAUUUAAAUACUGAUCAUGGACCUGUUACGCUUUGGGAGCAUCCUAAUCAUGAACUUCUGGGGGAAAAACAAGCAGAUCUGACAGCCAAUCACAAUCUCUUUUUCUUCACAAUGUCACAAGGCAUCUUUCAAUUGACUCUUCAAACAAAUCAGUGAUUUGAAAAACAUUUGUCCUUUCAACUGCUGGGCACCGAACAGCAAAUUCUCACUCAGCAUCUGUCCAGCCUUCAAGCACACCUUUACUUUUUGUUUUUUGUCUCUUCUCAUUAGUACAUUGUCCAGUUGGUGAUAUCAGAAUCCUUACAAUAUUUAUAGGAAAUAUAAAUAAUAUGAGUGUGCUGACCCAAGAUGGCUCUGGCAAAGGUUUAUUGUCUGUUUGAGUGGGUCUGUCUGUGUGUUAAACUCAGGAACAAAUGGUUUGUCUGGCAGUAUUAUACGGCAGUGCUUUGUAACAGCUUAAAUAUAGCAAAGGAACUGGCCUUCUGUAGCUAUCUAUAUAUCACUUAGCUGGCUACAUAUAAAAGUAACAUUGUGUAAUGAACAACCAGCGCCGCUUCCUGAAGGGAAUGUUGUUUCCCAUAAGGUAGUCCUUUUUGCAUGCUUCAUUUUGGGAUUUUGUGAGUUUAAGGGCAGGCUUCCCAAGCAGGGAUUAUGCUUGGUUAUGGACACAACAUUCUGAAAUGAGGUUUUUCCUCUAAGUAAAAAAUGAAGACCAGGACUAGGCUUAAUCCCUGUCCCAAAAACCAAUUCUGAAUGUUUGGAUUAGAAAUUCCAUACACCUCAAGAUAUUUUGUGUACCUGUGUGUUUUUGUCUUUUUGUGGUGUUUUACAUGUGUGUAUUUAUUUGUUUGUGGCCUUCUGGUUUUACGGUGUUUUUUGUUUGUUUGGGGAUUUUUUGUGGGUUUUUUUUUUUCUUUUCUUUCUUUCUUCAUUCCAAGUUGGAAAUUGGGUACAGGAUUCCUCUUUCAACUUUUGCACAAUUCCUUUAAGCACUGUGGUCAUUGGAUAUUCCAUUAUUUAUGUAAAAUGUCUUCCGAGGGCAUUUUAGCUUUUCGUUAUGCCUAUGUGUUCUGUUUUUAUUUAAGGCUUGCAGCAAUGGGGAACCAUUUUCUCUAAUCCAGUGAGUGUUUUUUGUUUGUUUCUGAUCAUCUGUUGCAAGCUCUUCCUUAAUCCUUCAUGGUUCGUAUCCUAGUGAAAGGGUUCUGGAGCUGUUGGGAGUUCUCUGCCUAUGAUAAAGCACAGAUAUUUUUAUGGGAAUUCUUCUGCAUCAUGUUUUCUCAAAGGCAAAUUCAUUAUGUAAUGGAGGCAUCCUCCCUAGAUUGUAGCUUUUUUUUUGCCCUGAGGGAAACUAAGAGGGGCAUACAAAACGGGCAUGCCCUCGUGUGGUGCACCUGUUUACUGCCGCCAAUUGUUUCUGGUGUCCGCUCUCAUAAUGAAGCUAACGGACCAAGUGUUGUGCGUGUGAGUACGUUCUGAAGUCUGAAAGACAAAUUAAUACUACGGUUUUGUGUCUGGCCUGCUGGUUUACAAAAAAGAUUACUGUGAUGAUUUUCAGCACUGCUGAUAAAUUAUGGUGACAAAUGGAAUGAAACUUUUCUUUGAUAAAGACUGUCACUUUGUUGGAAUUUGAACAAAGUUACAAAAUGGAGAGGGGGCUUAAGUACUAAACAUACUAAAUGAUUGAAAUUACUGACAACUUGCAUUAUCAUUACAUAUGCUUUUUCAAUAAACACUGUAAAAAUAUAAAUUCUCUGCUUAUUUGUUAAAGCUGCUUAGUCAUGCUGUUUUUUUAAGCAUCUUUGCAUUUCAAAUGUGACUGUGUGUGUUCAGCAAUUUUGUGAAGAGGCAGUUCCCUGACCGGGAAUCAAUCUCAGGCUCUGGUGGUGAGAGCACCAAAUCAUAAUCACUAGACCACCAGGAAUCUGGAUUACCGUCUAGCAGCUGCAGUAGCUCUGUGUAAGCUGACAGGCACAUGGCAUGUGAUUUAGAGCAGUGUUUCUCAACCCUGGUAUUGGAGGUGCCCUGUACAGAACCCUGCUGGUGACAUCCUGUAUAAAUAAAAAUGAGUGGCCAUGACUUAGUAAGGCAUGGGAACAAGAUAAUUAUGUCAUGGCCACGACUUAGUAAGGAGUGGGAACAAGAUCCUAAUGCAUGGCCACGACUUAGUAAGGCAUGAUUUUUCCCAUGACUUACCAAGUCGUGUCCACAACUUUAAUUACCUCAUUGUCACGCCUUACUGAGUCAUGGCCACACAUUAAUACGGUGUGGUCACACAUUAUUUUUAUUCAUACAGCAUGUCACCAGCGGGGCUCCGUAGCCCUGCUUUUAAUAGUGGGUGUGUUAAAACAGGAUAAGCAUUAAAAUGGUCCUACAGGACCAGGCCAGAGAAACACUGAUUCUGAGAAUAGCAUGAAUUAUGAGUGUCUCACUGAUUGAACUAAGGCAGUGCUUCUCUAACCAGUGUGCAGGGACCCCUAGAAGAUCCCACCCUACUCACAACCACACCUAAAGACAGAGGAAAAGUGUGGACCGGCUGGACUUCCCUGAGGACCAGUUGAGAGCUGCUGGUCUGAAUAACACCCCUCAGAUACCCUGGAAUAUGCAGUUGAUUAUCCAGUCCAGAAGGCCUUAGAGGAGGGCCUCUCUUCUCUAUGUGGCAGAUUUCUGCAGAUAUUCUGGCAAAUUACAGCACAUUACAUUGCUUUGUUUUUCCAAGCAAAUUGUGGAUGUUGUCAGUUGUUCAAGAACACUGAUAUAAUUAUAUGUAUUUAGUUGGAUUUUGUGCAGCACAGUCAAUAAAAAUCCUGUAUUCGUAGUUUUUAAGGAUCACUACUGGGUCUUUUUUAGUUCCAACUCAUUAAACCUCAGGGAAAAACUAAGUAUUGUCAUAUUUACUGAGUAUCAUGAAAAUGUCUUUGUGGUGUAAUGUUAUGUUUUUGCAAUAUUGCCCACUCCUAGUCUAGAAGGGGUUGGAUGGCAAGGGAAGAUGCCACUUUCAUAUUUCCAUGCCACAUUGUGUUUAGUACAUUCCAAUACAGCACAAUAACCAACCGAAGAGUGUUGUUGUAAUGUGAUGUGUAGGAGGGGCAAGCAAUUUUCACAAUGGGGAUAUAAGAAAAAUAAACCUGCAAAAAAUAUUGGUAUGCAUUA